AUGAAACUACCGUGGAUAUCCAUUCCGUGUAGUUGCUCCCAACAUGACGGUAUACAUGGCGUGUGUUCUCGUGACGUUGCUUCUAGCUUUAACGCUAGUAGAGGCACGGCCACCUCAAGACAAUCCAACUCAAAUACCAAAGUGGAGAAAGGCAAAUAUUGAAUCCAUCGAUCCGUAUUUUUAUCUAGCUCUCAUUUCCGGGAAUGUGUGCAAGAUUCCCAACUUUGGCUUCGAAUGUGAUCGCUACACGUGUCCACAGGUCCUCACUCUAGAUGUAUUGGGGGCGCAAACGAUUCUUAUCUAUUGCAGAUCCUUCAAAUGGUGCGAUAUGUUAAGGGUCAACAACACCGCAGGGAAUUAUGGUCCUUGCGUGAGUUGGCGUGAAAGUUGUGUCAAGGAUUUCCACUCUCGGUUGGGAGCGAUAAGGAUGGAUACACUAUUAUGCAUUUUUGACGCUCGUACUUGCGAGCACGCAUCCGUCGACGAUAAGAGGAUAUUUUGUAAAUGGAAGGAAUGUGUAUGUCCUCGCCCGGAACCCAGCACUACAAUUGAAGUAGUUCGAGCCCGUUAUAUAAAAUGCCUUGCCGACGCUCGUGAGUGCCUUAACGCCAGAAGCAUUAACAAUACCUCUUCUUGUACUGAUGGCUUGUUGGUGUGUUUCAAGGAUAUCUACGUCCGUUAUUACUGGGAGGCAUGAGCGAACGAGAUGCGUCAAUUGGGCUAUAAGCCUCCGACUGAUAAAGAAAAAAAACCUGUUUUUACGCAAAAAAAACCCUGUUUUUAUGUUUUUGUUGUAAUUCAUUGUAUUUGUAAUACAAUACGAAAGUCUUUAAACAGAUAAAAUUAUAUUAAAUUUGACAAUAAACAUAUUUGACAUA